AGAAUGUUAAAUUUAAUUGUGAUUGCAAUUUAACUUAAGAAUUGUGAAAGUGCUUUUGGUAUUAAUAUGUGCGAGCGCAUCGCCUUAAUAGGCCUAUUGGCUAUAGUGUCUAGCCUCUUGCUUACCAAUGCAGCGGUUAUAGAUCAAGAGCAAUUAGAAGAUGGAAAGAAUGUAAUCAUGCAGGUGGUUACACCCGAGGAGAUGGAUAAGAUUUUGGAGCAAAAUCCCAAUGCUGUGGAAAUGAAAGCGACAAUAUCAUCAGAACAAGAAGUGAUUAAUGGUCGUGCGAUGCACCCACGAGGCAGAAGUAUAAUCACUUAUACUUUGGGUGUCGGUAGAGAGGAUGGUGACAGUCUUGUAGGGAGCGAAUCGGCGGUAAAUGAUUACGAUUUACCCACUUCGUUGUCGGUAACCGUGAAAUAUCCCAGCAGCGGUACUGGCGCCAUCAUUACACAUGUAAAAGUCACCACAUAUCAAAGCAAUACCGAUGGACGUGCUUAUGUCACAAGCGGUGGACUCGGUAAGCGUAAUCUUGUUAUGGUAAUUGAGGCGGUGAAAACCACUUACUUUGACUAUUUCGCUUAUAUUUAUGGAAAAUAAAUCGAGUUUGCAGUAAUGUUAUAAUAAUAAAACCGUUAAAAGCGAAUUAAUCGCGGUCAAUUGC